AUGCUGUCUGGGGACGAUGGGAGUUUUAGGCCCAAAGUUCUGGAGGAGCCGGAGUGGCCCGUCACAUGCCCACCCCCUUGCGCGGGAGUCAAGGCGCUUGGCUUCCGAGGAGGCGGGCACGGGCUGGAGCUUGGCCAGGGCAUCUCCCCGGCUGCUCCUCGUGGGGGCCGAACCGCGGGGCCGCGCUUCCCUCCGCGAGGGCGGCGCUGGGUGGCGCGCGAGUGUGGAGGCGGGAGGAGGCGGCGGGACCCCGGCGGGGCGGCCGAAGCAGCAGCGGCCCAGCAGCAGCAGCAGCAGCAGCAGGCGCCGGAUCGCGCUGGCCUGGCCGGGCUGCCGGUGGGCCGGGCGGCGUUGCGGCAGGCGCGGAGCGCCCCCUGCCGGGAGCGGCGCCCGCCCCGCGCUGAGCCAGCCCUCCGCCCGCCCCGGCCGCCCCCUCCAGCAGCCCAGAAGGCGCCCGGAGCAGCCCGCCCGCCCGCCCGCCAUGUGCCGGAGAAGCCCGGAGCCCGGCGCGCGUCGCAGGCAGCCGCCGCCGCCCAGCAGGCGCUGAGCGCAGGAGGGCCGCCUCGGCGGAGGAGCAGCAGCGGCGGCGGCAGCAGCAGCAGCAGCAGCAGGCAGGGGCGGCUUCCCUUCCCCGGAGCCGGCUGGGCUGCGCUGGAGCGCGGGGGACGCGCGGCCCCGUCCCGCUCUCCGCGAGCAGCGAUCGCCCCCGCCAGCCGGAUCCGCGCCAGCCUCGCCACGACCCGCGGGCGGACGGCCCUCGGGCAAGCGCCGGGCCAGGAGGAGGCGCCGCCACCGCCGCCGCCGCGUUGCUGGACGGCGCGCCCGGGCGAGCGGGCGCCCUGGCCACAUGGCCCAGCGCAGGCACGAGCCGAGCCGGAGCCGGAGCCGGCGGCUGCAGUAGCUCGGAGGCAGCCCGAGGGCGACGAGGAGGACGAGGCGCAGGAGGAGGGCGAGGGCGAGAGGCCGCAGCCGCGCGCGCCCCGGCCCCCCGGCGUCCGGCAGCCCUUCGCGCGCGCCCGGCCGCCCCCGCAGGGCCCCGACGGGGAGGGCCGGAGGGGGCCACGGAAAUGCCGCGUCCUGCGGCGGCGGCGCGUCUGCCCGGGCCCGCGGGGGGCGGCGACGGCAGCAGCGGCAGCAGCGGCAGCAGGUGAACGGGCCGCCGGGCGCAGCCAGCGCCACUUACCAAAGAGCCGGCGAGCCGCGGACCCCGCCGACCGAGCGCCGCCUCUGCGCGCUGCUUCUCGCCGGCGCCGGCGCCGCGCCUUCGCGCUCAGGGAGCCCGGAUCGACCGGAGGCGCCGCGCAGCCUUCCUCGCCCUCCGGCAAAGGCUGGCCGAGCGGCUCCCUGGGCCAAAGCAUCGCGCGUGGCUGGACGGGCUGCGAGGGGGCAGAAAGCCGACCCGGGCGCAGCCGGACGCGUCCGGGAACGUCGGCGCCUCCUGCCUCCUCGCGCUGCGCGUCCGCCGCCUCGGUUUGCCGGUCCAGCAGUGCGCCGGGUCUGGCCGGUCUUUGGCACGCGCGGGGGGGGGGGGAACCUCUCGUGCCCUCGCCUCUGCGGCCCUCGUGCGCUUUGCUAAAGGACCGCGGGGGUUCAGGUGACAGCUGCUCGGGUGUCAAAAGCCAGGCACCAAGCGGCGCCCCGUCGAGUCAGUCGCCCGCUCGCCAUCCAAGGGACUUGGAAGCCAGAGGGGACUUGCCCUCGCUGGGGGAGAACAGCGCCGUCUCCUCCUCCUCCUCUGAGGAGGGACCCGAAGUUCCCUUCUCUGCCCAAAGUCAGGGCAGCGAAAGCGCCCGGAGAGGAAGUCCCCCGCCGCCCGUGCCAAUGGAGGACCCAUGCCAGCCUCACACCCGUGGAAGGCUGCCUUUGUUUGCCUGGUGCUGA